UUUAAAUUGUAUUUUUAUUUGUUUUAUUAAAAUAUUUUUAAAAUUAAACAAACAUAGUAAAAUGUGUAUAGAAUUUCCUUAAUUUUACCAGAAUAAUAUUAGUAAUAUAGUGAUGAUUGAAGGAUUAGAUAAGGAUCCGUAUGAUGAAGCUGAAAAUAAAGUAAGGAAGAGUAUAAGGAAGGCGAUUUUAUUGCAAAGUCAACUUUAUGAUAGUUCUGGGGCAUUGAAAAAUGAUAAUAAUGAAGCUCUAAGGGGUGGUGAUGAAUUGGCGUCCGUUUGUAACUCGAUCGAGAAUGAUAUUGGCGAGUUACAAAAGGUAAUUCUGGCAAUUCAGCAGAAUCCAAACAAGUAUAAAAUCUCCCAAACCCUCAUCGACUCUCGACAACAAACUAUUAAUGAAUUUAAAUCCAAAUUAAAUGGAAUAGUUCAACAAACAAAUGAAAAGAAAUAUGUCCAAACAAACUACGCCUCAGAUUAUUCUAAUGUACAAUUACAACACCAACAAGAUGUGUUAAAUCAGCAAAAUUACCACUUAAAUGAGUUACAUGGUUCCGCUCAAACACUCCACACUCAGGCAAUACAAUUUAAUCAAGAAGUUAAAUCACAAAAUAUAUUGCUGAGAGAUGUUGAGCAGCAGAUGACCGAGUCUCAAUUGCACAUAGAUACCCUAACGAGAAAAUUAUCGCUAUUUUUAGACACUGAUAAUCCUUCAAUUAUCAGACUCAUACUUACGCUAUCAGUUAUAGCAACAAUUCUAGUUGUUGUGCUGAUAGUCUUUUAACACUUUAAUCAUGUUUUAAUAUUAAGUAUAGUAU